AUGAGCGACUCAGAAGAUCAAAUUAGGUAUAAGCCUGGCGCGGGCGGAGGAUUUGAACGAACUGAAAGCGCCUUUCGGAAUUUUAUUUCGAACGAGCCGGGAUCGAGAUUCCCUGCGGAAAAGGGCCGAUAUGCCCUCUAUCUCAGUCCAGGGUGCCCAUGGUCCCAUCGCACUAUGAUCGUGCGAAGCCUCAAGCGACUGGAAGAUAUUGUGGAUCUCUACAUCAACUCACUCUCCAUGGGCAAAGACGGCUGGUUCUUUAACGAUGAUCCUGAGUCCGCCAAGUAUGGUGUACUUCCCAAAGAUCCCCUCUACGGCUUCAGCACCAUCAAGGAACUGUACCUAAAGGCCAACCCGAACUAUGAGGGACGAUACACGGUGCCGGUUCUCUGGGACAAGAAGACGCAUACUAUGGUUAGCAACGAGUCGAGCGAGAUCAUCCGCAUGCUCUACACGGAGUUCGAUCAUCUCCUUCCAGAGGAGGACCGGGAGGUUAAUCGACCUGGGGGCGGCUUCUAUCCUGAGAACCUUCGAAAGGAAAUCGACGAGAUCAAUGAAUGGAUCUAUCACACUGUCAACAACGGCGUUUACAAGUGUGGAUUCGCUUUUUCGCAAAGCGCCUAUGAGGAGAAUGUGGUCAAAGUAUUCCAGUCUCUGGACCGUCUAGAGAAGAUCCUCAACGAUAGACCAUUCCUCCUAGGAGACAACAUCACCGAGGCCGAUAUCCGACUCUUCCCAACCAUCGUCCGAUUCGACGUUGCGUACAACCCCAUCUUUAUGUGCAACCUGGGGACCAUCAGAGACCACUAUCCGAACCUGCAUCUAUGGCUAAGGAGGCUGUACUGGGACAAGAGUGGAAGAACGCAUGGCGCCUUUGAGAAGACGACGUUUCCUUGGAUUGAGAAGUACAAGCAGGGAUAUGGAGAUUCAAGGCAGCGGGUUCUGGGCAUUACGGGUCCGCUGAUUAUUCCGAAGGGGCCAGAGGUGUUUGUUCAUGAGCUUAAGGAGUCUGAUGCAAGGUGA